CAAGCCGUGCCAAAACAGGGUUACCGGCCAAGAAGGCACGUGCAUGUUUGCCUGGGACUGUUUCAGCGCGGGCGGCACCCACCUCACAUACUGCACAGAUUCUUUUUACACGGGCAGCUGUUGCAAACUACCGCCCGGGGUCGUCGUUCAGCCACAUGACCAGCCUUCUGAACCGACCAACAGCAUUGACAGUGCGCCGUACGAAGGUGAGGACGACGACUACAAGAAAAAGACGAAGCGGCCUCCUACGAGCACUCCCAAAACCACGUUGCAGAUGUCGUCGAAGACUACGCAACCAGUAACCUAUGCUGUGACGACACCAGGCCCUACACCGGUGCCAGCCACGACGGGGCCUACUCCUUUUGUCAGCCUCUCAACGUUUACACCAGGUCUUAUAACAUGGAGGCCUCACGAGACAACAUUGCCAUUUGUCUCCGAUGAACCGCCCUCAACUGUGCCAAAUGAUUACGGGUCAAGUAUAAGCGUUCGGGAUGCAACUACCUUGCCGACGACGACGACUGAGAAACAAACCGCGCCAGCUGCUGUCACGACCACACAGAUACCAAUUGUGGCGAGCACAUUUCUCGAUCCCGGAGAAACGACUACAGGGCCACCAAAGGAGUCUUCUACUCUGACGGCGACAAAGGUCACAACGGAGCAACCAGUGGAAACAACCAGCGGCGUGACUGAAACAGCUGGAUACGAUACCACAUCGCAGGAUUACACGAAGUCUACGCAAGCGCCUGUGACUUCUACACAGGCACUUGGUACCGACACUACGACAGCACAGACAACUACACAACGGCCAUUCACUUCGACAGUGCAGAGUCACACGUGGAUUGUUAACGAACGAGAAACAACGAUGGCUAUUCCACAGUCCGUACCAACGGAGCAGACUUGGGUAGUUGUGGAUGAGGCCGAUGCCAGUGGCCAGCAAACGACGACUCCGACGCAAGUUGAAGCCACCGGCCAGCCAUCUUCCACUUCAUCGGUGAUGGAUUGGUCCACGGUGACCGACACGGUUACUUCGAUUUCGUGGGUCGAUAUGACCGAGCUAUCUACGACGCAGAAGCCACCACCAGAUGUGGCGGACACGUCGCCGCUACCGUCGAAGCCUCCCCCUGAGAAACCAGUUCUCCCGACCACGACUAACCCAGUAGCAACGACACUGGACUCUACGACAAUCGCUUUAACCACAGAGGCUGAUUUCGUAACAGUCAGAACAGAUCCUUCGGAGGUGCCGUCACUCGAAUUGGUAAGCGCUACAGCAGCAGAUAAUUCAACAAGAGAUGAAAUAAGUACGCAACCUCUCACAAGCACGCAACAGCAGACGUCAACAGCACGGCCGACUACACCCCAACCUAGCAGCACUUCCAGCCCAGAUAUAACCACAACAAUUACCACGCGCCGAAGACCUAUAACCACAACUAUUGCGCUGUCCACACGUCGCACUACGACUACUACCACGAAAGGGACGACCGCGCCGAUCACGACAACGCCUGAAACAACUUUGAAGUACACAACAGAGCAGUCCGUGCCGUCGUAUAGCGUUUCGGAAGAACGAAGGACCACGACUCAAAUGCCUACUACUAGAAGAGCAACAACGCCACCGCCGACUGUCCAGUCGACCGUUCCGAAGGCUACGACCACGACGACUACACCAACGACUACGACGAAAGCGGGGCCAUCGACUCUCUCUCCUGACAAGGACAUCCGCAAAAUAUGCGGCCGGCCACGGUCAGUGGCAAGUGCCAGGAUUGUGGGAGGCGAACAGACGAAAUUUGCUCAAUGGCCCUGGAUGAUAUCACUGCGACAGUUCAAACGAAACAACUUCCUACACAAGUGCGGUGCUGCGCUCCUGAACGAAUAUUGGGCUAUUAGCGCGGCCCACUGUGUUCACAACGUGUCGCCCACUGACAUCCUUCUCCGGCUGGGCGAGUACGACCUGAAGAGUGAGCACGAGCCACUGGCGCACGUGGAGCGACGCGUGCAGAUCGUGGCCACGCACCCGCGCUUCGAUGCCAGCACCUUUGAGUACGACCUGGCCUUGCUGCGUCUCUACGAGCCCGUGCCCUUCCAGGACAACGUGAUACCGGUCUGCGUACCCGACACCAAUGACACGUUCGUUGGUCGCAGUGCCGUUGUCACCGGAUGGGGACGUCUGUACGAAGAUGGACCCCUUCCGAACAUCAUGCAGAAGGUCAGCGUUCCCAUCAUUACCAACAAAGAAUGCGAGAGCAUGUACCGCAAGGCGGGCUUCAUCGAGGAUAUCCCCAACAUCUUUAUUUGUGCCGGUCUCGCCAAAGGAGGCAAGGACUCUUGUGAGGGUGACUCUGGAGGCCCACUGGUGCUCAAAGAUCUGAAGACGGGGCAGUGGUCACUGAUCGGCAUCAUAUCGUGGGGCAUCGGGUGUGCUCUGCCAAAUCAACCCGGAGUGUACACGAGGAUCACGCAUUUCGCCGACUGGAUUCGACAAAUAAUUGUCUUCUGCGACGUGAUGGAAAUCCGAUGGACAGCGCUAAUCAUCACCAGUGGCUGUCUGUGCAUCAGCGGAGCCUUGGUCUCGGCGAACACUGCCAAGUACUACACCUCAGUCACUCCCUGGAAACAAUGGACUAUUGGAAGGAGGCCAUGCGAAGGCGUGCAAGGCGAAACUGGGCUUUGCAUGUUCAACUGGGAAUGCAUCCGCCAGGAAGGCACCAUGCUGUCCGCCUGCAUGGACGGUUUUCUGCUUGGUGCCUGUUGCAAGCUUCCUGACGUAGCGAACGUCACAACUUCUAUGUGGACCGAGCCGAGCGCGUACACGACCCAGGACUUGUCCAAGGUCAGCAGCGUCGUCACAGUCGAUGCCAGCCCACUGCCGUCUCCUUCUGACACGCACCCCGAAGCAUCGCGACUCCCUCCAAGCACGACCACUACGGAGGCACCCACGACAGUCAGCGCGAGACCAACGACGCUGUUGUCGAGACCUAGGCCGACGACUCUGUGGCCCAUGCUCACGCUCCCUUCAACAGUGAAGCGACCGGUGGUCGUGCGUCCAACGCAACAACCACAAGCGACGACUUUGAGCAAUCACCACAAGCCACCGAGCAUCACUGCGCCGGCCAUGACCACCUGGAUGACAACGCGGCCAAACGUACUGUUCACGCCGACUAAACUGGCCUUGCGACCUUCGCCAUUCGUUCCGACAACAAUGUAUGUGCAGCGACCCUCGCUACAUACUGUACUCGCAAGCACGCCCAUAGGGAUGCUAAGCUCUCUCAUAACGAGGCCUUUCCUGCGGCCAGUUACAAUGGCCAUGAAAACGCGCCCGACGGUCGCAACAUUGAAGCCAGUCAAGAAAACUACCGCGGUGAACACUCAGUCCGACGCAGCGACCACACCAAUGCAAGGGGACACAUAUACGACGAGCCAGACACCUUCGCGACCUACGCCAACGAAAAAGUACGUAACUGUCUCAGAAACACCUUUACAAACCGUGACAGCGCAGAAGUACGGUUCCCCUAUCACAACGUCUUCGCUGGCAACGCCGGCGGAAACUCACGCAGCUACCACGGAAUCCUCCGCUUUCCAGACUGCUUCGACACACGAGUACGAGUCCCCUACUGCGAUCAUGCUGCAUUCCACUACACCACAAAAGUAUGGGUACUCAUCAACUCACUAUUCAACAUCUCAGUCCCCGUUUCAAACAAUGCCAUAUACCACAGGGGAAUACACAUAUCAUGCUGUCAGCAGACUUCCGCCAUCAACACUGAAUGACCUUUCGGAUCUCGACGCCGGAGUAAAGACCCAGGGGUAUCCCACAACGCUGGGUAUGCUUAUGCCCAUGGAAAGCGGAAACGUUCACACGACGCAUCAUCCAGGGUUCGUUGAUCUAACAGAGACCACUACGACGCAACCGCCCCCGACAAACGUGAUGGAAUACACGCUUGAUUUUGACGUAGAAAACCGACCAACAGUGACAGAGCACGUUUACGGUGCUACGUCUGGCCAGACGUCAUUCGGAGAGGUCACAGACGUCACCGUUUCUGACGUCGCGUCAGCAGUCGUCUCGACUUCCACGGAAACGUUCUCUACGCCGCGACCGUCCACAACGACCACCAAGAAGCUGAAAACACGCUCUCCAACGACGACGCCCCAAACAAAGGCUCGACCUUCGACGAUAGUGUCCAAACCAAGCCGCACCAAGCCUCGCCCGCCACCAUCCCCAACAACAAUUUCCAAUGACAUACAGCACAUGACUUAUCCUUCUAAGGCCACGCUUUGGCCAUCGACGGUCUUCAAAAUUCCGUUGCGUACAACGCUCGCCGCUAGGCCAUCCACAAACACGCUCUUUGUAGGAACCGCCACUCGGCCAAUGUCAAUUACUCAGGCCCACAUAACGUCAACUACACCUCAGACGACGACCACGCUGCCUAAACGCACAAAGAAGCCAACGACAACGACGACAGCAAUGAGAGAACCGAUACCCGUAAAAACGACAAUGGCGGUGUCAGCCGCGACCAAGCCGAAAAGCACGCCGAAGCCCACGAAGCCAGUCCUACCUAUGCCGGCCCGUCCUGCGAAGCCUACAAAGGGACCGCUGCCCACCAAACCUCCGACAAAGAAGACUACACAGAAGCCUCCUUCCAAGAUGCCGCCGUCCUCGAGCACAUCCACGCGUCCCUCAACAGUGAGCGUGACGACGACUGAGAACUUCGUAAACAGCACGGAUCCGUUGACGUCUACGAGCAGUAAGCAGUGGGACUACCGGAAACACUGCGGAGUCAGGCCGCUACAUCCCCAGGGCCGGAUCGUCGGCGGAAGGAACUCGUUCAUCGGUGAAUGGCCGUGGCAAGUGCUCGUGAAGGAGGCAACAUGGCUCGGCCUGUUCAUAAAAAAUAAGUGUGGCGGCGUGUUGAUCAGCGACAAGUACGCCCUAACUGCGGCCCACUGCCAGCCGGGGUUCCUGUCAUCGCUGCUGGUGAUCCUGGGCGAGCACGACCUGUCCGGGGACAUCGGCCGCUUCAAGCCGGUCUCCAUUCCCGUGCGGCGCAUGAUCGUGCACCGCCGAUACAACCCGGCCACCUUCGAGAACGACCUGGCCCUCCUCGAACUGGAGCGACCGGUCGAGUUCCAGCCGCACAUCGUGCCCAUCUGCCUGCCGGGGAACGAGGACUUCACGGGCAGGACGUCCUACGUCACAGGAUGGGGAAAGCUGUCGCACGGUGGGUCGGUGCCGAACGUGCUGCAGUACGUGCAGGUGCCGAUAUUGAGCAACGAGAAGUGCCAGAAGAUGUUUCUGCUGGCGGGACACAUAAAGUCCAUCAGGGAGAACUUCGUCUGCGCUGGCUACGACGGCGGCAACCGAGACUCCUGCGAGGGUGAUUCGGGUGGUCCGCUGACACUGCUUCGGGACGACGGUCGCUGGGUGUUGGUGGGCACCGUGUCGCACGGGAUUCGUUGCGCCGAGCCCAACAUGCCGGGCGUCUACAUGCGCACCUCAGCGUACCGCGCCUGGAUAGACAGCGUCACCGGACAAAAGUCCUGACAAGUUCGGAUCCUUCG